AUGUCGACCAAAGCGGUGGCCACGGCCUCUGGUGGCCUUGUCUCGAUUGCAAAGAAACAUACCGUCCAGUCCACCGGGAUCUGGGAGAUGAUCCGCCGAGCGCUGGCCAUCGACCCCGACCGGUCCAACGGCGUCCCGCUGAACCCCUACUUCCGCAACCCGCCCCCCGGCAGCAACGACCCCAUGGGCUACGACGACCCGGUCACCCUGCCGGCCGGCGACGUCGCCGACAACCCGUACUGGAAGCGCGAUCACCGCAGGCACUACCCCCGGCUGAGCGUCAUGAGGCAGGCCGACGUGGCCAGCCUGCUGACCCUCGGCAGCGCUGCGGCCCCCAAGGUCGACCUGGUCGGCGAGGCCGGCGAGAAGCAGCUCGUUGCUGCGCACAGGGCGAGCGAAACCGGCCUGGCAAAGUGCCUCGAGGGGGCGCCCGAGGGCGUCGCCAAGGACGUGUUUGUCAACGGGUUGCCGCCCCUGCCCAGCGGCCAGUCCCUGGCGUCGGGCAGCUGGGACGUGCACAAGUACGAGCUGACCAAGGAGAAUACCUAUCCCUCGGGAUACCCGUGCCGGACUUUUCAAUAG